AUGGUCGCCGUCAACUGCUUCGGCUCCUGCUUGUUCUCAGCGGUGGCCGGAUCGCUCGCCGACAUCGUAGGUCGAAUGCCCGUGCUGCUGGUGGGCGUGGCGGUGCUCGUCAUCUCCACAGUGAUUGGAUGCAUUUCCAGAAGCUUCCACACGUUUGUGGCCGCGAAGUUCUUUAGUUCUGGUGGCGUCUCCGCAGUCAUGAUUACUGCCAUAACGUCCCUCUUCGAGGUGACCACACACAGCAACCGGCCCCUGCAAAUCAUAUUCGCUGGAAUGCUGGGAGUUCUAUUUUCCGACACGUGGGACGCCACUGUGGCAAUGGUCAGGGUUGGUUGGAUGUUGAGGCACGCCACCUUCAUGUUCCCCACGGUGCUUAUGGUACCGGCCUCCUGCGUAGCCAGCGAGUCGGCGCGCUGGUUGAUCGCGAGGGGUCGCUUGAGGGACGCCGAGGCCACUAUAAUGAAUGCCGCGGCGGUCAACCACUUUCCCAUGCACUGCACAACGUCGACAAUCGACAAGCUCAAGGCGGAGUUGUUCAGGAAUGAGAUGCGCCUUCCUUCAAUUGACCAAGAAAUGUUCAAUGGCUACUCCAUGCGGCGGCGGGCUCUGAUAUUGAGCCUUUCGUAUUUCUCCAUCACCUUUGCAGCUUUCGUCAGCGCGUUCUCAAUAGUGCGAAGAAAAAAGUCCUGGUUCGACCACUUCUCUUUCCCAAUGAAUAUCGUAUGUUACGUGGUGAUGGAUCGGCUAAUAACGAGGUUCAGCAUGGUUACCGUGUUGAACAUAUGGUUUAUGACCCUCGGUGUGCUCCAGUGCCUAUUGAGCCUCGCCUUCGGCACCGGGGGUGUAGCGGUGUGUCCGGUUCUGGUCAUGGUGACCACUGCUCUGUUCUACACCGGCUACAUCCUGUGCCUCGUCUACAUCCAAGAGGUCUUCCCUACGGCUGUCCGUGGCUCCGCAGUAGGCUGCAUUUUCGCCUGCGCUCGUUUGGGCGGCCUUUCCGCCAUCGCUGGGCGGGCGUUCCAGAGGGCCAGUCGAAGCGACCUGGGACACGCGGCGGCCGCCAUACUUCUCCUCGCGUCGAUGUUUACGCACGAAGUCCUGCCACGUGCGACGAAAGUCGAGAGCGCCAAAAUGGAGUGCCUCAGCGCGCCGGCUACGAGAAAGCGCGCCAUGAAUUUCGCGAAGAGAACGCCCGAUUCCAGCAUCUACAACAUGCGCAGAGGCAGGUCUAGCGCUGAGAGCCUGUUCGACCACUAG